AUGUGUUCAAACGAUUCAUUUUAUUUAGGAUCAGUAAACGAUGAAUUAAUAUGCGUAUGUCCAUUACAUAAGUUUGGCUCACAAUGUAUGUUCACAUCAGCAUGUCCAACUAAUAUUUGUCAAAAUAAUGGAACAUGUAUACCAGCUGAUGUAACUACUCCUGACAGCAGUUAUACAUGUGUUUGCCCUGAUCAAUUUUUUGGUGUAAAUUGUCAAUAUGCUAAGGUGAAACUCGAUGUUUUUCUUAUUGAUAUGCAUAUUCCAUCGUAUAUUGCGGCUUAUUUUUUCACACUCUCCAAUAAGUCUGACCCGAUGCAGGCAAUUAUACUCCGAAAAUUGACACUAUUUCAACACACCGCUACUUUCCACGUUUCAGUACCAUUUCAUAUGGCAAUUAUUCAAUCAAGUGGCAAAUAUUACCUUGCUGUACUUCAACAAACUUUACAUACAAAUAUCACAACAUCGAUUCGCCCUUCACAGGAGUGUAUUCCUGCCGAACAACUAUUGAAUUCCACAGUAAUGAAAAUGGUUCAGUAUCGACGGAUAAUAUUCUUCCAUAUUCUUUGUCACACACAUACUGAUCUUAUGUGUUUCAUUGAUCCAGCCUAUUUAUGUUUGUGCACCAGUGAUCGUCACGCUAACUGUAUGGAAUUCAAACGUGAUAGAAAUUUUCAAUGUUCAUUGACAAAAAAUUGUGCAAAUGGAGCACAAUGUGUACAAGAUCAUCCGGUUUGUCCAUCUACAAGGAUUUGCAUAUGUCCCGCCUGUUUCUUUGGCGAGGAAUGUCAAUUUUAUACCAAAGGUCUCGGCUCAACAUUAGAUGAAAUAUUGGGUUAUGAAUUAAAACGGAAUACAAUUUUAUCUAAACAACCAAUCACAGUAAAAGUGAGUGCUGCUAUUACAAUGAUAAUAUUUGCCGUAGGACUCAUCAAUUGUAUUUUAUCAAUAAUGGUAUGUCGUAGGCCAGCAUCACAAAAAGUUGGUUGUGGAAUAUAUCUUUUAGUUGCCUCAUUUAAUUCUAUAACGAUCAUGAUCUUAUUUACACUUAAAUUUUGGCUACUUUUUUUCUCGUAUCAAUUGGUUCACGAACAUCGUACUUUACAAGUCAUUCUUUUCGCAAAUUGUCGAGUUGUUGAACCUCUUUUAAAAGUAUUAUUAAACAUAGAUAAAUGGCUGAAUGCUUGUGUAUCUAUCGAACGAAUCGUUUCUGUACAUCAAGGAAUUAGUUUUAAUACGGAGAAAAGUAAAACAAUUGCCAGAUAUGCAGUGAUAGUAGUAUUUCUUA